AUGCGUCGUUUACCGAGGUUACCGACACCCGCCUCGGCGGGUCUCGUCCCGACGUCGACGUCAGCCGGCCCCCUCCGUGCGUGUGCGCCGGCGGCGACCAUCUCGUCGAAGACGCCGGCUCCCACCAUUACGACACAGAACAGGCAAUCCCGCCGCUACCUCUCGACGACCCCCGUCCGGCUUCAGGCCCAGAACGCGACCGAGGCUUCCCCCGAAGCGGUUGAGGGAUUCAGCGAAGACUACCUUCCCUCCUACCGGCCCCGGAUUAGAACGCAACUAGUCUACCCGCGCGGUGUAUCCAUCGCCCAGCCGGCCGAGGACGUCUCGGAUCUGUCCUACACACCCGCCGAGUCGGCUGAAGGUCUCGAAGAGGUCGGCGGCGUCGCCGACUGGUGGGACGAGCCGACGCACUGGGGCACCGAGGGCGGCGUGGCGCAGUAUGUGCAGUCGGUCGUCGGACAGUUCGGCCCCGCCGAAAAGGUCACCGACCCGGCGGUGCUCGAGGUGCUGGCCAAGAGGGCGAUCGUGGAGGCGCUCGUUGUGGCGCGGUUCGCGGGCGCCGAGAAGAGGAAGGCGGUCGACCGGCUCUUUGCGCACGCCAGCGGGACGGACCGGCUGGGCAAGAUUGUCAGGGCCGAGGUGGUCGCCAAGGAGGACGGGACGGCGACGCUGAAGGAGGCCGCCGACUGGACCCGGGUGUGGGACGUGCUCAAGUCGGCGGUGAAAAAGGCGCGGCAGCAACAGCAGCAGCAGCAGCAGCAGCCCGAGCAGAACAAGGCGGAGGGGGAGACGGCCGAGGCCGCGGAGGCUGAGUCUCAGGAGACUGCGGUGGCACAAACCGAGGCCAAGGAAGCAGCUCCUGCUCCGCAGCUGACACCAAAGAUGGCCAAGAGCCUGAUGGGAACCUGGAACAAGGACUGGAAGAAGGCCGAGUUGAGGGAUCCAGUGGUUAAGUUUUAUGCUGUCAAGCGCAUCCAGCAACUGACGGGACACCGGAUUCCCGACGGCAAGCUCGUUAGCAUCCGCACCAUCGACAGCCUCGUGAAGCAGCUCAUCGAACCGCCCAAGCCGAAGAAGCUCGCCGAGCUCGUCGAGCAGGAGGCCUUGUUCAAGGGCCUUCCAAACGUCCGUGUGUUCCCCAGGAGGGUGACGCCGAUCGACAGGGAGCAGAUGGUGGGUCGCUGGAAGAUUAUCGUCAAGGAGCUCGAGGACCGCGGUCUGCCCGUCACUGGCACGGGCGACUAUGGUCCGCCGAUCGAGAAGAGGUGGAUCGAGGGGCGGAACAACUUGUUCGUUGCUGCCCUGCUUCGCAGCUCAAAUGGAGGGGUGGCCGAGCGCACAGAGCAGUUGAAAGAAGUCCUUUUUGGGCUUCACAAGGAGGCUGAUAAUAGUGAUCGGGCUGCCGUGGUCGAGGCUCUUGCCGACGGUGCCAGAGAUGCAUCCUGGAGGUUGCCUCUCGGAGAGUCAGGGCUUCUCGACUUUGUCCUCUCCUCCGUGCCUGUCAAGGAACCCCGACAUCCCCUGAACAAGCACGCCCUCCGCUUGGUUGGCAAUGCUUGUGCAGACUGCGACGAGAAUCGAGCACGCGUUGUCAGCUCUGGAGCGCUCCGCACCUUCAUUAUGUACAUCAUCGAGGAUCCCAGCGAGGAUGACCUUCUCCCGUUCGCCACCGCAGCAGCACUGAACUUGUGUCUGGAGUACAAUGCCGAGCCCAAAACCGCCAACCCGAACACGCCCGCACUGCUCCUUGGACUCGCGACUAGCGAGCGAUACGAUGCCGACUUGGAGUCCUUCAUGGAGAUUUGCACGCCUGCCCUGGCCUAUCUGACAUUCCAGGAUUUCCAACGAGUUCUUUUGCAGAACGGAGGGAUUGAGCUGCUGCAGCUUGCCUUCUACCAGCUGUACACACGCUUCGACACGACCGAGGCCGCCUCUGAUACCGCCGAUCAGCUCAAGCAGACCUUGGUCGACUGGCUGAGCUUGUCAUCGCCGCUCGUCGGCCUCCAGACAGCAGCUUGCCUCUCCCUCGGCAACCUCAGCCGCUCUGAUGAGUCGAGCAUCAGCCUCGUCCCAAGGGUCCGAAGAUCGCUGGUUGAAAUUGUUUCUCGCGCCACGCCUCCCGCUCUUUCAUCUCGCCCUACCCCAGAGACCCCCCGGCCUCCUCUGCAGCUUACCCACGCGGCCCUGAGCUUCCUCAAGAACCUCGCCAUUCCCCAGGUCAACAAACCCAUCCUGGGUGCCGCCCUGCUUGACCCGGGAAACCCCUUCCUCCCGCGCCUGUGGACCUCGACUCGCACCCAGCCCCAGCUCCAGUUCGCCGCCGUGUCCCUGACCCGCCUCCUCCUGGCCAACUGCCCCGUCAACAUCCGCCACAUUUGCGCGCCCACCACAGCCAGCAACACCCGAGGUACCACCAGCAGCAGCAGCAGCAAGAGCGACAACAACGGCAGUAAGAGCAACCUCGCCUUGCUCACCACGACCGCCGCCUCCGCCGACGAGGAUCCGAUCAAGGUCGAAGCCGCCCGCGCGGCCAGCCAGGUCUGCCGCGCCCUCCACUCCGUCCCGGUGACCGACGUCCUCGACCCGUCCUGGACGUGGCCUUCCUCCACGGACCCGGCCCGGGCGACCGCAGACGAAGAAGAAGAACGCGCUCCCGCCGACGCCGAGGCCGACGACGCGCUCCGGGCCCGCUUCUACGCCGCCCACGGCCCCGCCAGCAUCGCCCCGUCCCUGCACCACCUCCUCACCCACCCGCGCUUCCCGGCCCUCCGCUCGGAAGCCGUCUUCGUCCUGGCGCUCAUGAGCCGCUCGCCCGAGGGCGCGCGGGCGGCGCUGCAGGUCCUGCGGCACAACGCCGCGCAGACCGCCGGCGGCGGCGGGGCGGGUUGGCAGGCCGUCGCCCGGGCCAUCACCGGUUCCGAAUCGGAAGAGUUGGCGGCUGCCCUGGAGGGUUCUUCGACGGCAUCCCUGCGGGUCGAAGAGGCGGGGGCGGAUGGGAAGAAUGAGGGUGGGGAGCGAGGUAAGGAAGGUGAGGACGGAGGCGGAGAGGUGACUGUUGAGAGGCUCAGCCUGGAGCCGCAGCUGGUCGAUGUCCAGGGCCACAAACAGCAGCAACCUGCCCGGGUGGCUCGGAUGGACCGCGAGAACGCAAUGGUGCUCGUCGCCGAACUGCUGAGGCGGUUUCCCGAGGCACUGUCGAGCCUGCGGAAGCCGCUGGAAGGUCUCCUGAGGAAGGGCGGCGAGUUGGUGGCGAAGGACCGAGGAGGACAGGAACAGCAGUGA